AUGAAGACUUCCUUCACCGUUGUUGCCCUUGCCCUCUCGGGCUCUGCCAUGGCUGCUCCAUUCUCUAAUGGAACUCGUCCUUCAUUCACUUCCACUCCUCGUUCGAGUUCUGCCCAUGUGUCGUCGACCGACCCACCUCUCCCCAACCCAUUUGCCUCCAGCACUGGGUUGCCUUCUGGGACUCCCUCCAGUGUGACCUUGCCUAGCGGCAGCGUCGCAAAGCGUGGAGAAGCUCUCUCUAUCCCAACCGAUCUCCCCUCUCUGGCAUCUGACGCUCAGUCCGUGGCUGCGGCUCUUGCUUCUUCUGGCGCUGGCGCCCAGAAGCGUGGUGACGCAUUGUCAAUCCCUACCGACUUGCCGUCUCUGCUGUCCGAUGCCCAGUCUGUGGGAUCUGCCAUCGCUUCUGCUGGCGCCCAAAAGCGUGAUGGUGCGCUGUCCAUCCCUACUGAUCUUCCAUCUCUGCUGUCCGAUGCCCAGUCUGUGGGAUCUGCCAUCGCUUCUGCUGGCGCCCAAAAGCGUGAUGGUGCGCUGUCCAUCCCUACUGAUCUGCCAUCCCUGCUGUCCGAUGCCCAGUCGGUUGGAUCUGCUAUCGCCUCUGCUGGUGCUCAGAAGCGUUCUCUGAUCCCAACCGGUACUCCUUCCACUCCACUUGGAACUGCCACCGCUACCCCUUCUAGCACUCUGUCUACUCGCCGCGCCUCGUCUGCGUCUGUUACUCCUGGUGUGUCUUCUUCGGCUGCUGGUUCUGCUUCCUCGUCUGGUCGUCCCGUCCCCACCCCUACCAGUGCCAUCAGCCAGCCCCUGGUCUAA